CCCUCCCUUCUUCCCUCCGUUGCUGCACCCGUCUGUCGUCCUUCCUCCGAUCGUCGUCGUUCUCGCUCCUUCAAACCCUAAGCACUCGCCGGCAUCAGUGGACGACAAAUUGUCCGGCGUUCCGGAUAUCACCCGGCCGGUCCAUCCGCCGUGUGGUGGCUCCAAUGGGUGUGGCUGGGGAGGAUGGCUCCGCUGCGAAGCGAUUCUGGAUCAAGUUCCAAAAGGAGUCGCUCUUCGCGAUGUACAGCCCGUUUCUGGUCGGCUUGGCUUCGGGAACGCUUGAAUUGGAGGCGUUUGGGCGCUAUAUAGCCCAGGAUGUGCACUUCCUUCAGGCGUUCAUGCAAGCGUAUGAAAUUGCUGAAGAAUGUGCGGAUGACGACGACGCUAAGGCAUCGAUCUGCCAGUUGAAGGAACGGGUUUUGGAAGAGAUCAAACUGCACAGUUCCUUUGCGGAGGCAUGGGGUGUUGAUCUUGUCAAAGAAAGUGCUGCUACUAAUGCAUCAAUAAAUUACACCGAAUUCCUGUUGGCGACAGCUGCUGGCAAGGUCGAAGGUGGAAAAGUUCCUACCAAAAUAGCGACACCUUUCGAGAAGACUAAAAUUGCUGCGUACACUGUGAGUGCAAUAGCUCCUUGCAUGAGACUUCGUGCCUUCCUGGGCAGGGAGCUGCAGAGAGUUUUGGAUCAUGAUGACAAUGACCAUCCUUACCAGAAGUGGGUUGAAAAUUAUGCCUCUGAAAGUUUUGAGGCAUUGGCACUUCACACGGAGGAGUUGCUUGACAAGCUCAGUGUCUCAUUGACAGGGGAGGAGCUUGAAGUCAUAGAAAGGCUUUAUCAACAAGCCAUCAAACUCGAGACAAAAUAUUUUGAGGCUCAACCUGUUCCACAGAGAAGCUUGGUUCCCUUCUCCAUGGCCUAUGACCUGGGAAAACAACACUUCCUGAUAUUUUCUGAUUUUGACUUGACAUGUACAGUAAUUGAUUCAUCUGCUGUUAUAGCAGAAAUUGCAAUAUUAUCUGCAGCAAAAAUGGAACAAGAUGAGUCUGAAAACUUGAAUCCCUUCAAGUCAUCUGAAGAAUUAAGGAAAUCAUUGGAUGCUUUGUCCAGACAAUACAGCAAACAGUAUGAACAGUGUAUCGAAAAUAUCGUGCUAGCUGAAGAAGGAAUAGUAACGUCAUUUGCACAUAGAAACCUGUAUGAGGCACUUGAACAGCUUUCUGAAAUUGAGAAGCAGGCAAACAGAAGAGUAGUUGAGUCUGAAGUAUUGAAGGGCCUGAAUUUGGAGGAUAUCAAGCGUGCAGGAGAGCAUUUAAAACUUCAUAGUGGAUGCACCGAAUUUUUCCAGCAGAUUGUACAAAAGAAGAAUGGGUUGAAUGCAGAUGUUCAUAUAUUUUCUUAUUGUUGGUGUAUGGACCUUAUUAAGUCCGCAUUUUCAUCAGGUGGUCUUGAAGCUCUAAAUGUACACUCAAACGAGUUUGUCUAUGACCAUUCUAUCUCCACUGGUGAAAUAGUCAGGAAAGUGGAGUCACCGAUAGAUAAGGUUCAUGUUUUUAAGGAUAUAUUAAAAAACUGCGGUGAUGAUGCCAAGUGCUUGUCCGUUUAUAUUGGAGACUCUGUAGGAGACUUGCUGUGCUUGCUUGAGGCAGAUGUGGGUAUUGUAAUUGGUUCGAGUCCUAGCCUUAGAAAGGUGGGAACUAGAUUUGCUGUCUCUUUUGUUCCUUUAUUUACAGGGGUUGUGAAGAAACAGAAAGAAUCUGUUGAAGCGGGUUUUAUCGAUUGGAAAUGGCAGAAGGGGGUCCUCUAUACUGCCUCUAGUUGGACAGAGAUACAUGCCUUUAUUUUGGGAUUAUAAAACAUUUUGAGUAAUAUCUGGUUUCCAUGUUGGUGAGAAUAUAUAUAUGAUUUGCAUAUGUAGAUAGAGGUAGGUUUUUACUUGGUGGCUGAUUUUACUAGUGCCACUCUGUAAUUGGUCGCCUUUCCAGAACUGCCAUGCGAUCAGAGAAUUCCUGCUUGGUGCCUGAAAAGAGCAUGGCAUUUUUGGUGGGCGGUUCCAUCCUGUGCAGCCCUAAAGAGGGAGAGCUUGUACCUGAAAAGAUAUCGAGUUUGUUACUUCCAUGUUUUUUACUCAUAGCUCGAGGGGAGUUGAACCAUUCUUUUGUAAAAGGUGAAACAACCCGUGUGUGUAAAUUGAUCAGUAUUUGAAACGGAUUAUGAAGACCAGCUGGGUCAUAUCAGUAUAUACUUUGCGCUGAAAGGUGAGACGACCUAAGUUUGUAAAUUGAUCUGUACUGGAACGGAUCAUGAAGACGGGUUAUUUAUAUCAAUAUAUUACUUAAUCUCGUCUAUUGUUGGCC